AUGUGGCUGUCCCUCCUAGUAGCGGUGAUACUCGUAUCUGCGGGCACGGCCCGUGAUCUUAGAGUCCGCCAAACUCAGUCAGGAAGCGGAAGUAGUAGCAGCGGAAGCACUAGCGGCGGAAGUACGAGCACUUCCGGCAGUGGAUCCAGUUCAGGCCAGCAGCUUUCACAGAACAUGCAGCCACCAUCAUUUCUUCUAAAUCCAUCACAAUUCAUGGGUGGCGCAAGUGCGUCCUCGAGUGGUGGAUCAAGCAGUACAACGAGUGGUGGAUCUAGUAGUAGUUCUUCAUCUGGUUCCCCUUCAUCUGGUUCCUCUUCGUCUGGCGGUAGUAGUCCAUCUAUCCCAUCCUUUGAUCCUAACAAAGUAAAUAAUAUACAAGCAAGUUUUCUAGAUCCAUCCAAACUACAGCUAGGACAAUCUGGCGGGGGAGGAGGUGGAUUUGAUCCUGACCAGAUCAACAGCAUGUCUUUUAGCUUCUUCAAUCCCAAUGCACUAUUAAAUAACGGUGGAAACAGUGGUCCGACUGGUAAACGUAUCAGCAGUGGAGGGAGCGGUGGCAGCAGUAGCGGAAGCAGUCCUCCAAAAUACGACCCCAACAGCGUCAAUAAACUCACAGCUAACAUGCUCGACCCUUCCUCCUCCAAACUUGGUGCCAGCAAUGGUGCUGCUGGAGGAUUCGAUCCUGAUCAGUUUAACACAAUGAAAUUCAACUUCUUCAAUCCUAACCAGAUGUCGGGAGGUGGAGGCGGCAGUGGAGGCGGCAGUAGCGGCGGUGGAAGCAGUGGUAGUGCACCGAAGUUUGAUCCUAACAGCGUCAACAAAAUUCAGGCCAACAUGUUGGAUCCGUCUACUUCUAAGCUUGGAGCUAGUGGCGGAGCAGCUGGGGGAUUUGAUCCCGACCAGUUCAAUACCAUGUCCUUCAAUUUCUUCAAUCCACAAGCUCAAGUUGGCAAAAGGGGUAUUGUAAAGCGCCAGAGCUCGCCGUCUGCUCCAAGCAGCAGUGGAGGGAGCGGUGGCAGCAGUAGCGGAAGCAGUCCUCCAAAAUACGACCCCAACAGCGUCAAUAAACUCACAGCUAACAUGCUCGACCCUUCCUCCUCCAAACUUGGUGCCAGCAAUGGUGCUGCUGGAGGAUUCGAUCCUGAUCAGUUCAACACAAUGAAAUUCAACUUCUUCAACCCCAACCAGAUGUCGGGAGGUGGAGGCGGCAGUAGCGGCGGUGGAAGCAGUGGUAGUGCACCGAAGUUUGAUCCUAACAGCGUCAACAAAAUUCAGGCCAACAUGUUGGAUCCGUCUACUUCUAAGCUUGGAGCUAGUGGCGGAGCAGCUGGGGGAUUUGACCCCGACCAGUUCAAUACCAUGUCCUUCAAUUUCUUCAAUCCACAAGCUCAAGUUGGCAAAAGGGGCGUUCAAAGACGUCAGACUUCACCAUCAUCCCCUAGCUCCAGUGGGUCUUCAUCCGGAACUUCAGCAAGUGGAAGCUCUAGUGGCAGUUCAACUUCAGCUGGGUCCUCACAGAUGAUGAGUCCAAACAUGUUUAUAAACCCAGGCGCCUUUCUAAUGGGAGGUAACUCUGGAGGCAGUGGUGGAAGUUCAUCUUCUCCUUCUUCAUCCUCUUCCUCAUCCCCCUCUUCCUCAUCCUCCUCUUCCGGUGGAGGUGUGCAGAAACCAUCUUUUGAUCCAAACAAAGUUAAUCAAAUCCAGUCGAGUUUUCUAGACCCAUCUAAGGCAAAACUCGGUUCAGGAGGUUCUGCAGCGGGGGGAUUCGAUCCUGAUGCAGUCAACACUUUGUCUUUUAAUUUCUUCAAUCCAAGCAAUCUUCUUGGACGUUAAAGAUAGGUAAAUCCAAGAAUCAGCAUAAUUUGCUGACACGAAAAUAUAAAGAAAUAAAAUUGAAAACU